UGUUACUUUCGAUAUAAAGAUAUUUAAUGAUACGUACGAAUAGAAAUUAUGACGGUUGCGUGAUAAUGUGAAAUACUUCAGCUUAUCUAUCUUAAAAUCUCACAAAGAGUGCUUCUUCUUCUAUUUACAUUUACGUUACCACAUUAAUGAUCUUUUAUUACGUUUACGCAUAUUCAACGCAAGAAACUACUACAUCAAUCCAGCGGAGUCAAGAAAACUUCUGCAUUAUUUUCAAUAACAAUUUAAAACACACGAAGAAUCUUAUUUCCACACCUGGGAAUCAAGUCGUUUCGUGUCAAUCAUCCAACAUCACAACGAGCAGAUAUCUGGCCAAAGUAACACGCUCUGUAAAUCCGACCACCUGGAAGUGCUCCAAAAUCCUUAAAACAUUCUCGAGCGAGAAGAUCGCGAGGAUUUGCCGAGCAGCUGACUCGCAAGACUUCGUUGCAGAUGUUUGCGAAGAUUCCCUGAAACAAGGAGCGACGCACCGGUUACGGGAAGGUGAGCGGCUCGGCCACCCCGUUGAGGAGAGGGUGAACGCGGCGCGGAUAUAGAAUCUGAAAAGGAGCGAACACCAGGGGAGGAUAUGGAGGCCGAGGACGAGAGGUAACUAUGCAAAUGCAAGAGUACAUUUAUCUCGGCACCACGCCCAUGUAUUUCCUGGGAGCUUCCGGACGCAUUGUCGGAAGCGAAUCGAAUCCCCACACCCUCGGCUGCCAGCCUUCGUCCCACCUCAUCCCGGUUCUCUUUCAUCUUCCUCGCGCAACCAUACACCCCUCGCCCUCUUUCUCCCUUCUCUUCUAUUUCUAUCUCACUCUUUACGCUAUCCUGGCUGCCGCUGUCUCACCUCCCGAUACUCUCGUGUGCAUGCACGAGAGUGCCACCACCCAGGCCGAUACUCUGGAGAUUUACGAGCAAACUAGUCCGGUCCCCAGGGCUAAUAGACCGGCAAGUUAUGGGGCCAAUUCAAUUUAAUUUCGAAAAUAAACAACCGCCAACGGCGAUGUUGGUCAAUUUAUUCAGAAAUCCCGUGAGCGGAUCGCGAUACAUCGCAACGGGAAACAUCGUAGAGCAACAUAUUCUUGAGGAAAGGAAGGAGGAACAGGCCUAGAUUUGUGUUAGGAAACGAUGCCAGACCGCGUCAUCUCGACGCUAAUUCGCCAAACCAUCUAAAUUGCUAAUGUUAAAUUAACCGUCUAAACGACGUAUAUUUACGCGCGAAUUGUUCUGUCUGGCAGCGAGCCAGCCACUUUUAAGCGUACGCCAGCGUCGAACGCGUACAAAUACUUUUCAUCGUGAACGGAUGCUGCUCUUACACAAGUAGGUACUUUCGUCCUUUCUUUAUUUCUUUUUUUUUCCUUUU